CCCAAAAGAGGGGUAAACCACUGCGCCGCAACUGCACGACUUCCGAAUCCAGUCUUCACAUUUCCGAGGGCUCGUAGCCUUUGUUAUUUGCUAAGAUUGACAGCUUACUACAACGGGCACAAAGCCAAGAUCGACCAGAUAUACGAUGCCCUCCAGUUCCGAGGAGGCGCAAGCCCUCGGCCACGCAGAGUUUUGGGACGAACGGUAUGCAAAGGCUGACAGCGACAAGCCAACGCACGAAUGGUUCCGCGCAUUCGAUGAGCUAGAGCCCUUCUUUAAGAAGCAUUUAUUCGAUAAGGAGAGGGAUGAGGGAAAGAAUGCCAAAAUUCUUCACUUGGGGAGCGGGGACAGCACCGUCCCAUACGAUCUUCUAGAGCGAGGCUAUACGAAUCAGCUCUGUAUUGACUUUUCCGCGGUAGUGGUCGAUUUGAUGAAAUCACGACAUCCAGAUAAAAGUCAGGUUGAAUGGAGAGUCGGCGAUGUCCGGGAUAUGAAAGACAUCGAUAGCAAGUCCGUAGACGUCGCCUUUGACAAAGGCACUCUAGAUGCAAUGAUCUACGGGAGUCCAUGGAGUCCACCCGAAGAGGUUAUGGAUAAUAGUGGAAGGUAUAUCAGUGAGGUCUGGCGGGUCUUGAAAGACGACGGCGUGUUUCUUUAUAUUACCUAUCGGCAACCGCACUUUGUCAAACCGAUCCUUAAUCGCAAGAAUGAGUGGGAUCUAGACAUGGAAAUCAUGGGUGGAGGCGACAGUUUCCAGUACUUUGGCUUCAUUCUCAAGAAGAACACCUCAGGCGCGAACUGAAAACGUAAUGUUCGAUACUGUAAUUGGUAACGACACAAGUACGUGAAAGAGGCAUUUGGCAUGUCUGAACAAUCGCAACAGCAGUAUCUCUUGGGUCGAAGUAUAGGGAUUUCAGUUAUUACAAAAACGUAUUCCAAGAGAGUGAGUACGUCUAGAGUUCAAGCCUCUAGGAUGUAGUCGGAUCCUCUGUAGUGCAACGAAACAUGGAGAAUGCGGGCAAGACGAGAUCCGCUCAUCGC